AAUCAACUUCAAAUUUCACCACCACAUCAAACUUCACUAUCUAUAAACCACCUCACACAUUCCGCCUCCACCAUCGCCCAUGUCCUUCUCUCUCCGCGGUAAACAUGCCAUUGUGGUAGGAGGUACCGGUACGCUGGGCUUCCGUAUUGCUAGCGCACUUGCAGACCGCGGCUCUGUUGUGACCAUCAUGAGUCGCAAUGCCGUUGAUGAUCGCCAAGUCCUUGAGCCCAGACUCAAACCCUUUGAGCCUCUCCCGUACAUGGAGAACAUCGAAGGUAGUAGGCGCCCAACAGGGCACCAAUUCAAACGCCUGGAUGUGCAAAGGGCAGAUAUCUUCAAGGGUAUAUUUCCCACUCUAGGCCCCGUUGAUGUCCUCGUCAACUGUGCUGGGACCAGUCAAACGUCAGCGCUCAAAAGGACCGGCGAAGAGGAAAUUCAACUCAUCCUUAACCUCAACCUCCGGGCGACUAUUCUCGCCUCUAAAUAUGCCAAAUUAACCCCUCAUGGAUGCAUCAUCAAUGUUUCAAGUCUUAUGGCUACCAAAAUGGGUGCUGGUGCUGCAGUAUACGCCGCUUCAAAAGCUGGUGUCGUUGCUUUCACCCGCGCCCUAGCCCUUGAGUAUAAAAGUCGUUCUAUCCGCGUCAACACAUUGCUACCGGGUUGGAUACAGAGUCCAAUGUGGAAUGAACUCACUGAGACUGCUCGUGAAUCUUACCUCAAGCAGUGUCCCUUGGGUCGUUUGGGCACGCCCGAUGAGGUAGCCGACGCUGCCAUGUUUUUGAUAACCAACCGUUUCGCCAACAAUUGCGUACUGAACCUGGAUGGUGGCUUAAGCGCUAACUAGAAAGCCACGGUUCCCAGGAUAUACGCAUCGUCCUUUCAACCCCUUGAAUAACCCUUCAGUCGUCAAUGACGAUAGCGCCGGCGGCGGCAUGGCUUUGGACUUCGUCCACGUCUACAAUGUCGGUUCCGGGUUCGGUGAUCUUGAGUUUCUUGAGAGGUGGUUCAGCGUCCUCUCCAUGCGGUCUCUUGAUACCCUUAGGCUCGGCACUAACGGCCUGCCCGUUGUUGAGUUCCCCAUUGCCAUUCGCGGAGACUGGCUGGAGCUUCUUUGGUCGGCGUGGAAUUUCAGGGGCAUCCGGGAAUGUAGCCUUGACCGGUUUCUCGUCUUCUUUCAAUGUACUAUAAUUGUAAGCUUAGUUCAAUAACAACAGAGACAAAGACAAACCCUUCUUGGACAUUGAUAACCACAUUGACGAACGUGUCUUCGUCGUCCUGGUCGAUGACAGUCAAGAACGAGUCCUUCUUUAUACCUAGUGGUUCUGUCAGUCCUCCGCGAGC